AUGGCCUAUACUAAAAGGUCUAAUGCAGCGUGGAAUAAGGCAUUUUCUCAGUUAGACCGUCACAAAUACCCAAGGGUAAUUCAACAAGAGAAAUAUAUUCAACAAAAAUUUCAAAAUAACCGAUUACUAACGAAAGCAGAAAAGGAUGGAUUGCUUGCUCGUCUUCACAAGCAUUAUGAUUUAAUUAGAAUCGAACGCUCUAUCGAAAAAAGAUUAUGCACCAAGUGCAUAGAUUUGUGCAGUGCAGCACAAUAUUGUGAGUUGUGUGUUCGAAAAUAUUUAGAGAAUAAUUUUAGAAAUUGGUCUUCCGGAAAUAGUGUUAUCGAUAAAUUAAUUCAGGAAUGUCAAAAGGAAGUUGUAAUUACUGAUAGCAUUGUCGAAUGGAUUGAAUACGAACAAUUUGAGGACGUUACGUAUAAGACAGAAGGCGGAUGUUCUAAAAUUUAUACCGCAAUUUGGAGAGAUGGUCCUUAUCAUAAAUGGAAUGAUGACACACAAUCUUUACAACGAUUUCCUCGCGAUAAAGUAGUGCUAAAAAAAUUAUGUAAUUCGGCGAAUAGUGAUGGGAAUUGGUUUCAAGAGGUUAAAUCACAAUUCUGCAUUGAUAACACGGGAAAAUACCUCGUCAGAUGUUAUGGAUUGACCAAGGAUCCAAUUUGUAAUGAUUAUCUGCUUGUUUUAAAUCACCUUAAUUGCGAUUUAAGACAAUAUUUGGCGGAAAAUUAUUCGGUGAUGACGUGGGAUAAAAAAUAUGACAUCAUUCGCAAGUUAUCACAGAGGCUAAGCAAAAUUCAUCAAAAAAACUUUGUACAUAGAGACUUGCAUUCGGGCAAUAUUUUGUAUUCUUCGCGUAACGAUGAUUUAUAUAUCGGUGACAUGGGUUUUUGUGGGCCUAUAGAUAAACAAAUAGAUAAUGUCUAUGGUAACAUCCCAUACAUCGCACCGGAAGUCUUGUGCGGUGAACCGCACACCCAAAAGUCCGAUGUAUAUAGUCUAGGGAUUUUAAUGUGGCAAAUUGCGGUUGGCAGGACUCCGUUUCGCUACAUAGAAUAUAAUGAUAAUUUGGUUUCUUCAAUUGUUGGUGGCAUACGUCCGGACAUUCACGAAAGUAUUCCAUUCGAAUACGUUCUCAUAAUGAAGCAAUGCUGGGACGCCGAUCCUAAAAAUAGGCCGGAUGCAUGUGAAAUAAGCAAUAGGCUUAAUCAGAUGCUCAACGAAUUACGUGUUAAAGAAACCAAACAAAGGUCGCCUCAAUAUGCUUCUUUGAAUUAUUUAAACUACUUCAUCAACAAAACGGCAAAGAAAAAUAAGAACUAUUUUAUCUUAACUCCUAACUCUGAGACAUUUACCGAUGAGCAUAGUAAAUUAUUUAUAGCUUCUAACAUGUCUGGGCCAAAAAAUGCAACUAUAGAAGAACAAUUGGGUAUGAUUUUCUAUAAGAUUAACUUUCUCAUGGGCCAGCGUUUAUAA